AUGGCGACGCCUCGCAUGCUUGCAAGCGUGUUGCUCUGUGUGGCGUAUUGCUGCGUUGCUGUUGCUGGCGCCUCGACUCUGGAGCAUGCCGGAGGUGUGAACGCUCCGCCCCCUGUGCAGCAGGAGGAGCUGCUCAAGGGGCUGCAGAUGGUCUACCCGGAGCCGGACGCAGUGUACAGGUCCCCGCUGGCAUUCCGCUUCAGACUGGUCACGCAGUCGGACUUCAGCGAGCUGAUGGAGACGUACGCUGGUCGCCGGUGGCUGUGUCUGCAGCUGGACGGCAGCUGGCGUCGGUGCAUCCCCAUUGAGAGCGGGACGCUAAUCCAAGAGGCCAUCGACGUUGGCAACCACACGGCGCGCCUUGUGCUCUUUGACUCGCCGACGACAGAGACGGGGAAGCACUUGAUGCAGUCAGAGUUGGUGGCCUUCACGAUCCUAAGCACUGAGGAUUUCACCGCUGUACUAAAGCAACAACGCCUGGAUGAUCUCGCGCUCUACGGAGCUCAGACUGGCGAAGAAGACAUGGGCGUUGUGGAAUGGUACCGCCUGAGGAAACAAGGACAGAGUGGCGGCAACGGAAAAGACUCAGCCUAUGUCACACAUGAGGUCGAUGCUGCCACUGGCGACUCUCGACCUGUUGACGACAUCAAGACGGAACCAGCGCACAACAGCCCCACGGACCCCCCGCUCGUGGUUAUCGGAGUCAAGACCCGAGUCAUCGACGGGUUCCCAUUCCGACAGGCUAUUCGUCAGACAUGGGCUAGCAAGGAGAGUCUACCAAACAGUUUACGCGUUCUUUUUGCGGCCUGUCGCGUUCCAGCGGAUGCAAACGAAGAAACUCGUGAAGCGAUCGCGUACGAGCAGAAGAAAUUCGGCGACCUGCUUACAGAUGCACUGGACUGUGAGGACUCGUACGCAACUCUGCCUGAUAAAGUCAAGGAGUUCCUCCAUUUUGUUGGAACUGACCACGUACUACGUCGCUCUGGGUACGUGAUGAUCGCCGACGACGACGUGUAUGUGCGCGCUCGAGACUUGGCAGAGCAACUGGCAGCGUUGGGUCCUCUACACGAUUUAUAUGCUGGUCACGUGAAGCAAGGCAACUCUUUCGUCCCGGAGAGAGACCCGCAGCGUCGGUACUACCUGCCAGAGUCUGUCUACCCUCUGGACGAGUUCCCCCCAUUCGCGUGGGGUCCUCAUUACCUCAUGUCGAUGGACGUUGUCGAGUUCAUCGCGGACAAUCGCGAAGAGCUGCAGGGGCUUGGGCCACUCGACGAUGUGACCAUAGCACUCUGGCUGCUCGCGAUCCAAGUCCACCCGCAGCACCUCGACCUAUUCAAUAAUCUCCGCGAGACUCCGUGCUUGGACGACCUGCUAGCAUACGCGGACUUGGGGCCGUUCGCAAUACGCGUUAUUCACAGCAACUUGCAGGCAGGACGCAACUUCUGCCACGGGUUCAACGCACAUACGUGGGAUAAAGAUGGCUUGAGGUGA